CCCUUCUUUAAUUUUUUUUUUUCAAUUCCUUUUCUCGAUAUUUGAUAUUUGGUUUUUGAUAUUGAAUAGUAUUUGGUUGUUUGAUGGCGAAAGGCCGGCGGUUAACCACCAGCAGAAGCGAGCGGUUUCUAAGAAGCUUUAGCUACGGGUACGGCCAAGGGGGCACUGCCGUUGACGACGCGGAACUUGGUGAGGAAGAUGUUUGGCCGAUAGGUGAUAACGUCGAAGACGGAGACGACGACGGCACUGUCGAUAAUUCUCGACGCCCGUGGAGCUCACGCGCUGAAGCUGAGAGUAAUGGGAAUUUGGACGCGAGGGGGAGUUAUCGCCGUCGAAUUCCACGAGGCGAUCGCCACUUGGGUGGGCUGUCCUUGGCUUUCGAGGAUUCUUCAACGAAACCUAGGAUCGUGCACCAGGUUUGUAGUCAAGACGGCGUGGGGGCAGCAGCUUCUCCACGUGGGCACCAUAUGGCCACGUCAGCUCCAGUGAACGUGCCUGACUGGAGUAAGAUUUACAGAGUUAACUCGGUGGAGUGGGUACAUGGCUCGGAUGAUGGGUUGGAUGACGGUGAUUCGGAGAUGGUGCCGCCACACGAAUACUUGGCGCGUGUGUACGCUCAGAGUAAGAAAUCUAACGGCGCUUCGGUGUUCGAAGGCGUGGGUCGGACCCUCAAGGGCCGGGAUAUGAGCCGGGUCAGGGAUGCAGUAUGGAGCCAAACUGGGUUCGAUGGUUAACCAAUUUGGAUGCAGUAUGGAUUAAUCUUUUUUGUUAAUUGGGCAAUGAUUCGGCUGAGUUGACACAGAUGAGUCAACUUGGUGGCGAGGGAGCUCAAGCAGGAUUUUGUAUUGAGGUGUACUAAAACCAAACCGUGUUAUUGGAUUGGAAAUUGGAAGUUAAAUUGUGUUUCAA